CAACCAAGUGAUAGUCCCUAGCUAUACCGUGGAGACUGCGGACGAGAUCCCGAGCUUGUUGCAGACCAUCUGGCACAAUCAAGGAGUGAGCAGUAGGCAGAUGUGCAGGAUGUACAACUGCAUGCCAUACCAGCUCCAGUCCAUCCUAUCACGAGGGCUGACAGCGCUGGAGGGUCUGAUGAAGGUGAACCGUUCGUUUCUCUCCUGCUCUACCUUCCUCAAUAGCGAUCUCGACCUGGACGCCUGGAGCAACAACAACACACUGGGGGUGCAGGCAGUGUCGGUGGACGCAAACGGGAGGUGCUCCACCUACGCGGUGAACAACUGGCUCGCAGAUCUGGCCGGGGUGCAUCGGGAGGAGAUGGUGGCUAGGAUGGCUUACUAUGAUAUGAACCUUGCUUCCUCCGAGUUCCGCCAGAUUUGCACGCACAUCAGCGGGAUGAUGAUGCUCAUGUCAUGGGCCAAGGUCGGGUUCCAGGGCAUCCCCGUGCGGUACCUGUACUCGAGGUGGAACAAGCGGUUCGCGCGGGGAGGGGAACAGGAAGGAGUUCUGAUCCGGCAGGGGUUCAACCCGAUGUGGGACAAGGACGGGAACUUCAUCGGGGCUGUGAGGACGAUGGAAGUUGUGAGCGAGGACGAGUACGAUCAGGUUCUGCUCCACAAUCCGGAGGCCUGCGAGCUGCUUGCGAUCCAGGCGGUGGGGAAGAAGCCGGGCAAGGAGAUGGUGAGCCAGAGGCUGCUCAAGGAGGAGAGCAUCGGCUACAUGGUCAGCAAUAUGGAAGGAAGAGCUCAGCUCUUGAGGCUUGCUUCUAUGCUCGAGAGCUUGUUCAUACCCUUCAUUGCAGAGUACGAGAAUAUGCAGAGUCCUUUCAAUCAACAAUGAAAGGGGUAUCAUGUAGUUUUAAAUUUUUGUGAGCAUGAAGAUGUGUAGUGG